CCAGCAUGGCCGGCUGUGAACGAUUUUUGUGAUUUUUCUGCAUUUAAAAUAGUUUUUAUUGCGAUCUCUUUGUUUCUUAGAAUUGAGAAAUAAACGAACUUUCAGUUUUUGAACUUCCACCAUCAUGACGACUGCUGCUCGCCCAACGUUUGAGCCAGCUCGAGGCGGUCGUGGUAAAGGCGAAGGCGAUCUCAGCGCAAUAUCGAAGCAGUACUCAAGUCGAGAUUUGCCAGCUCAUCAAAAACUGAAAUACAGACAAGAAGGCCAAGGUGGCUCAGAUGAGAUUCGCGGCCGUGACUUCCGCCGGGACUUGGAGGAGCGUGAACGUACUGCCAGGGAAAGGCGUGAUAAAGAAAGGGGACGAGAAUCUUCCAGCAGCAAGCGACCUCGUCUUGACCAGAUCCCCGCUUCGAAUUUGGAUGCCGAUGAUCCAUUAGAUGAUGAGGAUGAUGAUCUAGAUGAUGACGAUGAUGAUGACGACGACACAGCCGAACUGAUGGCCGAACUCCAGAAGAUCAAGAAGGAGAGAAUGGCGGAGGCAGCUAAAAGAGAAGCUGAUAAGAAGGUCGAAGAGGAGAGAAUCCGGACGGAAAAUAUUCUGAAAGGCAAUCCUCUGAUGAACAACCAGGUGCCGGAGAAAACUGAUUUUAAAGUGAAAAGAAGAUGGGAUGAUGAUGUUGUGUUCAAGAACUGUGCUCGUGGCGAGGAUGACAAAAAGGGUAGCCGGUUUAUAAACGAUACGCUGAGAUCAGAAUUUCAUAAAAAGUUUAUGGAGAAAUACGUGAAGUAGUGAACUAGCUAUGAUUGAUUACAGACUGAACUGUUUGACUUGAUAGAAUGUCGAUGUUUGUGCUGUCAGGCAGACGUGUGGGAUUGUCUCGUGGUCUCAUCCACCCUCGUCGUUGAGGUCGUCAUCCACACUUGAAUCGAUUACAUUUUACGGUAGAUGGAAAGAUAUCAAGCUAACUGACAAAUGACGCUUUCUUACAGUUUCUUUUUCAACAUUUUGUCCAGGAAAUUUGGUUUUGACUGAUAAUAAGUCUGAAGACUGCAUGGAUAUUGUAGGUUGGCCUGGUAGGUCAGUCAGAUAGGGCCUGUCCAUCCAGCCUGGCCACACAGAUGAGACGCCAUUACAAAGUUAUGUGGAGGCAACAUGGAAAAUUGGGUGAUGCAGAUCUUUCGAUUGACAGUCCAGGAAUCUGAUCAGUUUGGUACAGAUUAUCAAAAGGACGUGUCAUGUCUAAAAGACAGUGUAUUGUGUAAAUAAAUAAUAU